UGAUCGCUUAUUGAUGCUUCGCUGCAGAUUGUUUGCGGAAUUCUGUGCAGUUUUCGAGGAAAAUCAAGUUUUGUCCGUAAAUUUGUAGUUUUUAAGCGAAAUUCGGUUGGAAACAAAAAAAAGUGAACACCAGAGUUGGUAACCAAUUGAAAAUCGACAAUCAACGUUUAAAAUUUUGAUACAAAGUAAAACCGUAAAAAUUUUCCUCCGUAAAAUGCAAAAGUAUGAAAAAUUGGAAAAGAUUGGAGAGGGGACGUACGGAACAGUUUUCAAAGGUAAAAAUCGGGACACUUUGGAAAUAGUGGCCCUAAAACGUGUACGUCUGGAUGAAGACGAUGAGGGGGUUCCGAGCUCGGCUCUUAGGGAAAUUUGUUUGCUGAAGGAACUCAAGCAUAAAAAUAUCGUUCGGCUUUAUGAUGUGCUCCAUUCAGAUAAAAAACUAACGCUGGUCUUUGAACAUUGCGACCAGGAUUUAAAAAAGUACUUUGAUAGCUUGAACGGAGAAAUUGACCCGGACGUGGUGAAGAGUUUCAUGUACCAGCUACUACGAGGAUUGGCUUUUUGUCACAGCCACAACGUCCUACAUCGGGAUUUGAAACCACAGAACCUAUUAAUCAACAAAAACGGCGAGCUCAAGUUGGCUGAUUUUGGUCUGGCAAGAGCCUUUGGCAUUCCGGUAAAAUGUUAUUCAGCCGAAGUAGUCACUCUGUGGUAUCGUCCUCCAGAUGUUCUAUUUGGAGCUAAAUUGUACACUACCAGCAUCGAUAUGUGGUCUGCGGGAUGCAUUUUCGCGGAACUGGCCAACGCUGGUAGACCCCUUUUCCCGGGUUCAGAUGUGGAUGAUCAAUUAAAAAGGAUUUUCAAGUUACUGGGUACUCCCACAGAAGAUACUUGGCCCGGAAUUACCCAGCUUUCGGAUUACAAACCGUUUCCAUUAUACCCGGCGACGACCUCUUGGAGUCAAGUGGUACCCCGGAUGAACUCCAAGGGACGCGAUCUGCUGCAAAAACUGUUGAUUUGCCGCCCAACACUGAGACUGAGUGCCGAACAAGCGAUGGCGCAUCCUUAUUUUACGGAGAACUGAAAGCGAUUAUAACAGCUCAAGUCGCUGCUAACUACUGGCAGCAGAAGGACCGCGAGUUCUACAGUAGGAUCCUCCAGUGCGGCAGUGACCGGUUCCUCCACUCUGGUGAAUCCGAUGGACACAAUCGAUGAGUGAAAUCGAGAACAGGAAGCAACAUCAACCAGCACCAUUUUUUUUAUCUAGUCCUCCAGAUUUUGUAUCCAUGGGUUUCACGCUUUUCGAGAAAUUGGCAAAGUUACACCAACAAUUAGUGAGAACUUUUGGUGAAACCUGUCUGUCACUAACAAGUUUCUUGAAACUGUCGAUGCAAUACUAAAUUGAUUCAAAUAUUGACCAUUACCCUGGAAGAUGUAAAGCUGGAAUUUUUGAAAAUGUUCUAUGUUGAAAGCAUUUUUUUUCUUGUAAACAAUUUUUUUACAACAAAUAAUCGUAGGCUUCAAAUAUAUAUUCGUAAUGCAUGUUUCCUAGAAAGCUUCAAAGGAUUGAAUUCAAAUAAUUUAAGAGUAAUCAUAAUAUAAUAAUUCCUACAUGGAAAUAAUCAACUAAAAAUCUCGUGUGCAUUACAAUGACCACCAGCAUCAAAACGAAAGAUUAGUGAUGAAAAUAAAAAAAAUGAUCAUGAACAUGUCAUUCCGUGAUAGUGGAAAUAGCAUUAAGAAUAUCGAUGUGUUGUUCUAAUGAAGCUACAUCUCGUAUAAAAUAGGUAAGAUUAAAAGAGUGUACUGCAAAUAAAGAUCAAAUAAAUAUUGGAAAAUCAUAUAAAUAGAAAAGCAUACAAAUGGUAAGCAUUGGC